CAAACCAAAAGCAGGAACAUCUACGUCACUGGUGCUCCUAUGCCCUUCCCCUUGGACGGCCUGGCUGUGUGCAGUCAACUCCACAUUCCGCCCAAACAGAACAUCAUGGCCAAGUCAAAGUACGAGUACGUCAAGGAGUUCGAGACAGACGACAGGCUGCUCAGGAACGUCUACAUCCUCGUCCGUGUCGACGGCAAGGGCUUUCACAAGUUCUCUGCUGCACACGAGUUCACAAAGCCCAACGACAUCUGGGCCCUCAAUCUUAUGAACCAUGCCGCUCGAUCUGUCAUGCACGAGCUCGACGAUAUUCUCCUGGCAUUUGGCGAAUCCGACGAGUUCUCGUUUCUCUUUCGCAAAUCCACUGAUCUCUAUCAAAGGCGAGAGUCCAAGAUCGUCUCCACAGUCGUGUCGCUCUUCACCUCAGCUUAUGUCUAUUACUGGAACGAUUACUUUGUGGAUUCGAAACGACCUCUCUAUCCGCCAGUGUUCGACGGACGUGCAGUGUUGUACCCAUCCGAGGUCGAGGUCAAGGAUUACUUUGCUUGGCGUCAAGCAGACACACAUAUCAACAACCUCUUCAAUACCUCAUUUUGGGCCCUAGUUGAGAAAGGAGGUCUGACACCUAAGGCUGCAGAGAUCAGGCUCUCUGGAACGGACUCGAAGGACAAGAACGAAAUGCUGUUCACGGAAUUUAAUACCAACUAUAGCAAAUUACCAGCUAUUUUCCGCAAGGGCAGUGUGCUCUUACGGGAGGAUGUGCCAAAGAAUCUGGACAAGGAUACCAUCAUCCCUACUAUACCAGAGACACUACCAGGAUCAACAUCUGCAGAAGCAAUACCAUCAUCAUCAUCAGUAGCAUCAAUAACGUCAACAGCAUCAACAUCAACAUCAACAUUAGCCCUGGUACCUCCUGAACAAUCCGCCUCGACUUCAACCGCUGAUGAGGUAUUAGCAAUAAGUAGUGAGAACCAGGAUAACGCUGGGAACGAUAAGAAGAGGCAGAGUCAGGUCGACGAUGAUGGCGGCGAUAUGAAGGACAGUGAAGUUAACACAGACACCGAGAGUAAGAAUGGUCCAGCAGAAAAAGUACCGAGGCCAAUCCUUAAGAGGAUGAAGAAGGGUGUGGUCAUUGAUCAUAUCGACAUUAUUGCUGAAAAGUUCUGGACAGGAAGAGGCGCCUAUAUCCUGGCACCGGAAAAGAAAAAAAAGACGCAUUCAAAAUAAAGUUCAAACGCCAUUCAAAAAAUAAAAUAAAGGGUUUGCCACCAAAUUUGAUCAAAC